UCCCAAACCCCAACCAAGUAUUUCACCACUUCUUCUUCUACUAUAAUCCUUCCUGGCGACUAGCAGUGCUACCUCCGGGCGAGGGUCUGAGAGUCGGAAACCCAUACGGGUGGCAGCCUCUUUCACCGGCUCACAAUGGCCGCCCGCAGCCGGCCUCGGGCGGGUCUGUUGAAGGACGAGGCUGAUGAGGAACGUUCUAUCUGGAGAGAAAUCCAGGAAGAUGCCAAGAGAAUCGAUCUACUCAUUGCACAGCAAAACGCCAUUAGCAGGAAGAUUGUUGAACUGAAUGCUUCACAGACGGUAUUAGUAGAUCGCGGUGGAAUGGAUGCAAGGUCCGACAGCAUUGACAUCGAGCUGGAGAAGAAUCUGCGAGAGAAUAUCCGCCUGGGCGAGAAGAUCAACGAAGAAGGAAAUUCUCUCGAUGAGAAGUUGCAGAUAGUUGCAGCGCUCCGAGACGCUCACGAGCCCGAGGCUCUGCCCGCUUCUCGCUCGGCCUCGGUUGGAAAAUCCCAGAGAGACCGACAGAUGAAGAGGAAGCUCACCGACACGAUCGACGACCGGGACAGUAUCGCCGCUGACAGUCCCGUCGGCCAUGCCAGCCCCAAGGUCAUGGUGUCUACCAAGGAUAGGCUCAAAGUCAUGGCAGGCGGAAGCAGGGCUGGCUCAGUGCCUGCAGGGAGGGAGAGCAGUGUCAAGGCUGAAGACGUGGAGGGCCAGGAGUUCAAGGUAGCUUCGGACAAGCAUCGCCUGAUCGCAAACACCGAGGUUCUCUACCGCAACAACAAAUCCAAGGCAACCGAGGGCGAGGGCAUACUCUGCCGUGUAACCGCGGUAAUCGGUGAAGGCAAACAACGGCGCUACGAGAUCAUCGACGCUGAUCCAGACCCUCCCACUCCAGCGCAGCCAUACCGAGCAUCGGUAAAUCACCUUGUAGCUAUUCCACCUCCGCCGAGCAACCUCGCACUACCCGAUCUUAAGAUGGGGAAGCAGGUCCUUGCACUCUAUCCGGGGACAACCACGUUCUACAAGGCGGAGGUUGUUGCUCCAUGGAGUGGUGGUAAGGAUGGGAAAGACGAAACAGCGAAAAUGGUGAGACUGAGGUUUGAGGGCGAAGAUGAGGCGGACAGGGAGAUGAGCGUUGAGCGUAGGUAUGUACUCCCUGAGAAAUGAUUGGAAUUGGAUUUACAUGGACGCUGUUGGUUACGAGUUGCACGUCUUGGGAGUUAGGUCUGCGCCGUUAACUUGCUCUCGUUUCGCA